AUGCAGACCAGGCCUAAGAAGUUUGGAUUUCUCUCCAGUCCAGCCAGCAGCUCUCAGCGAGGUCUGUUCAGGAAGAGCACCACCUACCUGGCCAAGAUCGCUGUCAUCCUGCAGGACGCUCCUGGCAAGAUGCUCACCUUUACUCAGUUGAUGGACAGACUGGCACCAUUAAUCCCUGAUGACAUAGUGACUAUUGAGAACAACAUCAGAGUUUGUUUAUCAAACAACAAAUGUUUUGUCAAGAUUCCAGGUGUCCCAGAUCUCAUAAGGAAGAACUACUGGAAACUGGACUCUGGUCAGAUCACAGCAAAGAUGGUGCGUCGUCACUUCAAAGUUAUCCUGCAGCUCUUCCCAGAGUUGGCCUCCAAAGUGGAAAGGGAGAACCUGAGCAGAGCAUCGAGGAACUGCUCAACCUCUCCUGAGCCUGCAGCCUGCAGAGGGGUUCAGAUCAGAUGUGAGGUGAAGUUCAGCAGUCCUUUCUCGAUUGAAUCCCUCCUGAAGAGAGACAGUCCCUCUGCUCGGGCCUCCAGAGCUUCUCCUCUGUCCAGUGUGCCGCUCAAAGUGGAUUAUCAGCAGCGACGCUCCAUACAAAGAGUUUGGAAUAAGAAUAGCUUCAGCUGGGAAUCUGAGGAGCCUCUCCUCCUUCAGACUUCAGCUGGAAGUUCCCAAAUCUGCUCAACAGGGGGCAGCACACACUGUGGACUCACUGCUAGCGGAGCUGCUAAGCCCAUCAGGAUGCAUUUGUGCACGGAGUCCUCAUUCCCUGUGUACACAAGAGCCAGAGCUGCUCCUUAUUUCUCCAGCCCUCACAGCAGCUACAUCACUUACUCUGUACCCACUUUUACCCAGGAUGCUCUCGGUCUUUAUCCGUAA